GAACAGAGAUUGUUAAAUUAUCUGAAGAUAAAAUGGGUCAUCUUAACGAAAUGUUAAAGAAGACAACACAAUAUUCCAAUUCUAUCAAUACAAUCACUCCAAAAUUAGUCUGUAAUUCGCUUAAGAUAAAUCCAAAUAUACUGGACUCUACAAACGAAAAAUCGCAUGAAACGGCAUUUCAAUUGUUAACUUUCAUUAUUGACAGCUUUAGUCAAAAGCCUACAACAAACACCCCACUUUUUAGAUCUCUGUAUCAAAAUCCACAUUAUAAACAACUUCUUGGAAUACGACUAUUACCACUUUGCGAUAAAUCUAUAGGAACUUUUGGUUCGCAAACGUAUUACAUGGCGAAACCAGAAAUACGGGUGUUAUUUCCUAAAGUACAAGGAAAAUUUGUUGCCGAUCUACCAUUAAAUCUUCGAGGGAUUUUUAAGGAUGAAGAAUUUUGUAAUGUGCUUAAAAUUAAACAGUUAGAUGCAAAUUCCGUUAUCGAUUUACUAGAAUCUGUGCUACCACGUGAUAAAGAAGUCGAUUGGGAUCCUUUAGGAAAACAAUAUCCAAAUAAAUUUUGGAUUGAUAAAAUAAUAGCAAUUUUCACAGCACCAGAAGUAAAUUACGAUUUUAAUAAAUUGGCAAGGUUUCCAAUAUUGUCAAUAACCAAGCCUUAUAGAAAACUCGUUUUACCUGACUUAAAUAAUCCUUUAUUGAUAUAUGUGUCUCACCCAAUGGUAUCAAUACUUACAAAGUUUGGCGUUAGAUAUACAGAUAUGAAAAUAUCCGAUAACUAUAAUAUAUAUAUUGGAAAAUGUAUUGCGCAGCCAACUGCGAUAAAUAUGAUUGUAGCUCUUGAGAAGGCUAUUCAAAAAUCUUCAGGGUCAUUACAGCAAAUCUUUACUGAAAAACUCACCCAGGACGAUCUUGAAAAGUUUAGAACAUUUAUUAAAGAUGAGUUUAAACAUAAUAAAAAUGAAAAUUUGAAAAAAUUUGUAAAAAGAUGGCCUAUAUGGCCUACUCAGUCACGUAGUACUUGUAUAUCUGCUCAAGAAGGGAUCUUACCUCCAAGAGAUAUUCCUUUUUUUUCAAUUCAGGAAGAAACAAAUAUUUUUCUUGUGGAGUCUGAUUCAGAUUUUAAUACAUUGUUUCAUCUUGGCGCUAAAUACGUAGAACCUGUAGAAUAUAUUAAAGUGCAUUUGAAUCCACGAACAGUAACACCAGAUCAACAAUAUAUAACCUUUUUGAAAACAGUUCUUGCUUUAGGAAAAGUAGAAAUUGAACAUUACUUAUCACCACUUAAAAUCAUUGCAAAUUAUGAUCUUGAACUUGUCAAAGCUAAUACUUUAUAUGAUUUAAAUGAAUCUCUUUUUCGUAGAAUCUUUUGGAAUACUGGUAAACUUUUACAUCCUGAUUUACAAGGAAAUGCUUAUUGUUUAAGUGCUUUAAAGAGAAUGGGAUUAAAACACCAAGUAACACCUGUUACAUUUCUUGAGUGUGUUCAUGAGGUCGAUUCAAGAAUUAGAAGGAUUCAAUUGGAACAAUCAAAUAGUCAAAUUCAUUUAAUAAAAUCAGAUGCUAGAUUUUUAAUGGAAUAUUUAUAUGAACAUUGGACAGUUUUACUUUUCUCACCUGAACAAUGGCAAGAGUUAAUAUCUAUUAAAUUCGUACCGGUAGACACGGAUUUGGAAAGUCCAUUAAAAGAGAAUGCAGUUGAAACAACUGGUUUUGACUCGAUAAAUUCAAUGUGUUAUCAAGAAUAUAAACUUCUCUGUUGGACACAAUGUCCAUUAUUUUUAAGAUCUAUAGAUCCACCAAAUUUAUUUAAACUUAGAUAUCCUGAAUUAUGUCGUCCUUCGAUGAGUAAAAUUCUUGAUAAUUUAUGUUAUGUCGCCCUAGACAUAUCUCAUUCGAAUAAAGAUUCUUCAUGGAGAUCACCAAAAGGAGUUCAAUUAAUUAUGGAUGUUUUAAAGGAAACGUAUAAGAAUUUAAAUGAACAUUUGAAUGUUAAUGGAAGUUUUGAUAACGAAACGAGGUCACGCUUACAAACAGAUGCAAAAAUAUUUUUGAAUGGUAAUGAUCCUUUUAUCCCUGAAGAUUGGGUAGCAGGAGUAAAUCUUGUAUUCGGUACUCAAGAAGACAUUAGGACUGGAUUACAUAAGGUCCAUGAUAACUUGAAAGAAUUUAAGUUAUUAUUGAAAGAAUCCGGUGCUAGAGAAAUUAAAGAUAUUAAAUUCAAUGUAAAAACUCAACAUUAUUCGCAGAAAGAUAAGUUAUUUGGUAGACUUUUAGAUAGCUUUGAAAAGCAAGAAGGAACAAAACAUCAUGACGUUGAGUUUCAUAUUCAUCAUGAAAAUGAAAUUGAAAAAAUCCAAGCUAAUCGAUACGUUCUUUCAG